CACUCCCGGACCAGGCUACUCAACUCUUGAGACUGUAUUUCCUUUUUUAUUACUACUUUUGACCAACAAUAAUGUCUGAGACCUUACCUGCCGCACUUCUUGCUCCUCCUGCAGAAAAGACUCCUGUGAAGAAAAAAGCUCGUAAAUCCAUCGUUGCCACGAAGCGCAAGGCCUCCGGGCCCCCGGUGUCGGAGCUGAUCACCAAGGCUGUCGCCGCUUCCAAGGAGCGCAGUGGCGUGUCCCUGGCUGCGCUCAAGAAGGCACUCGCGGCCGCCGGCUACGAUGUAGAGAACAACAGCCGCAUCAAGUUAGGACUUAAGAGCUUGGUGACCAAAGGCACCCUGGUGCAGACCGAGGGUACUGGCGUCUCGGGUUCAUUUAAGCUCAACAAGAAGACAGCCAACGGGGAGGCUAAGCCUAAGGUUAAGGAAGCGGGAGCAGCCAAACUUAACGCUGCUGGGGCAGCUAAGAAGCCCAAGAAGGCGACGGGCGCGGCUACCCCGAAAAAAAGCACUAGUAAGUUCCCCCAGAAGGUGAAGAAGGCAGUAACGACUUACAGGGCCAAGAAAGUGGCCAAGAGCCCGAAAAAGCUGAAAACAGCCAAACCAAAGAAGGUGGCUAAAAGCCCAGCCAAGGCCAAAGCUCACAAGCCCAAGGUAGCCAAGCCUAAAGCAGGCAAGCCAAAAAAGGCGGCCCAAAAAAAGUAA